AUGUUCAUGGAAGCACGCAAAAAAGGAAAGAAGCCCUAUUGGAUAUUUGAUGAUGUGUGGAACUCUUUAUUGUCCCAAUGGAAUUUACCUGAGUUUUGUGACAAGUCUAUACGAGCCAAAAAAAACCGAAGUUCAGAUAUGGGUGGUUGUUUACACACAGGUGGCUCCAUAAGUACUCAUGAGCAUGCUAUUCGCAUGGAAAAGGAGUUAGGUCGUCCUGCACACAUUGAUGAGGUAUUUAAGAAAACCCAUGUACGAAAGACUACUGGCGAAUUUGUUGAUGAAAGAUCGAGAAUAACAUAUGAACAAUUUGAGAUUAGAUUUUCUGAAGCUCGAUCACAGGAUACCUCUAAUGGACAAUCAGAAUCAUCUCCCGUUGAUCCUACAGAGGAAGAGAGAAUAAGAACUGAAAGUUGGCUUGUUGCUACAGGAGGCAAGAAGAAAGGUCGAAUCUAUGGGAUUGGAGAGCUUGCCCAUAACUUUAAAUUAGGUGAUAACCUCAUAUAUAAUGUAGGUUCAACUUCCUCUCUUGAUUCACAACAAAUUGACCAGCUUAAAGAAGAAGUCAAAAAUUACAGGGAAGGCAACCAACAACUUAAAGAACAAGUCCAAAAUUAUAGGGAAGACAAUGAGAAACUUAAACAGACAAUGCAAUCAUUGCUUAGUGUUGUCCUCCCUAUGCUUCCCAUUGAUGCUCGAAGUGCAUUUGAAAAACAACUAGAACAACAUCCUAGACAAAGCCAAGAGCAACAACCACCACCCAACCAAGAACACAAUGAGCAUGCACAACAUGGAGAUGAAGAUCAUGAUUAUGCCAAUUAUUAG